AAAAAAAAAAAGAAGAAAUUCGCGCUCACAUGUAUUCUGGGUCCUCGUCUCACGGAAGCGCGCUGUGUUCUUUCCUUGCUUCUCAGAGUUGCCUGUUAUAGAAUUUUCUCGGAAUCACUGUCGCUUUCCCGUGCAAUGCCAAUUUUCUCGGGAAAAUGACGGAAAAUUCUGAAGCAUGAUAAUGUUCAUAUUCUCAAAAUGAGGGGCUCCUUUUGUGUGGACGAAUCUAAUGCCCCAUCAACCUCCAGCUCGCAUCCUCGCAUUCGUCCUCAGCCUACCUCUUCCCGCCGUCACAGUGGUAAUAAUGUGUGUCGACUGCUGGCACGAAGCGAGACUUGCCCUCGAGCAAAGCAUGCGUCGAAAAAGUUGUGGGGCGAAUGCUCUGAUCAGCGUCUGGAUUCCUUUGAGCUCAGGUCUGAAUCAGCCCGAGAUACCAGGCGCAAUCUCGUUUCGUGGGUAGAGGCAGAAUCGUUGCUGCAUGUAUCAGCCAAAUAUUGUCGGCUGUUACCUCUUCCAAGAUCAACCAUAGCUGCAGCCUUCAGCUCUGAUGGGAAGACCCUUGUUUCUACGCAUGGGGAUCAUACCGUAAAGAUUAUUGAUUGCCAAACUGGGAAAUGCUUGAAAGUCUUGAGUGGUCAUUGGAGGACACCUUGGGUAGUAACUAGCAUUAACUGCACUUUUUUGUGUUAUCGUGUUUUUUAAAUCUCAGAUUGUAAAUAUCCAGUAAGGAGUUUUCCGUGCAAGGGAUUUGACACCAUUUGAAUUUGUGGAUCUAGUAAUUUUAAGUUAUCUGAUGAAAGUUGAUGCCUGCUGGUGUACAUUAUGGUUAUGCUUUUGACUGCUCCAUUAUCUCUAGUAUGGCAAUAUAAAAAUAGAGGGGAGACAUCCUUACCAGCUAUUGUGCUAAUGACACGACGUUCACUUCGUGCCAUGCAUUUUCACCCUCACGGUGCUUCAUUUCUCUUAACAGCAGAGGUGAAACUAAAUGACCUCGAUUCAUCUGAUUCCUCAAUGACACUUGCAACUUCUCCAGGGUACCUGCACUAUCCUCCUCCAGCUGUAUAUUUGGCAGAUGCUCAUCAUGGUGGCUGUCUUUGUUUAGGGGAUGAACUGCCUUUAUUGUCCUUGCCUGCCCUUAUAUGGCCUUCAUUUGCUAGAGAUGUUGUUAGUAUACCUCAGCAGCAAACUGAUGGAGGUGUUAGUUCAAGUCAUGUGCAACGAAGACUUGAUCCUUCCACUUCUGUGCAGCUUGUGACAUAUCCAAUUCCAUCAGGGCAGUAUGAACUGCUGUAGUCUCCCAUUGAACCUAAUGGCUCAUCUCCUAUGCCAGAAGAAACUCGGACUGAUUCUUUCAUGGGUGACAUGGAUAAUGAAGCUCCCCAAUUUGCGAUGGAUAAUGCUGAGACUGCUGAAGUGCAGACUGUCGAGAGAAAUGAUUCCAUCCCACCCUUUGGUGAUCAACUAUGCUGGGAAGUUCCUUUCUUGCAUGGGUGGUUAGUUGGCCAGAGCCAAAUGGGGUGCUAUGCAAUGGGUUCCCUUAGUGGUGUGGCUCAUGAAAAUUUAAGAGCAUUUGGUGAAACAGAAAAUUACUCAUCAUCACCUGUAAUUCCAAUCAGUAUUGGCCUAUCUAGGGGCAAUGAGAGAUUCAAUCUGUGUUAAAGAUCUUCACGAUCCCAAACAACAUCUGCAACUGAGUCUGGUGAAAGUAUUGCUUUUGAUAGCGUCGGAAGGAAUGAAAAUGUUGCUCUGCCUGUUGCUAGCAGAAUCCAAUCUGAACUUGCUACCUUUCUGGCUGCAGCUGCUGCAUCAGAGUUACCUUGCACUGUCAAGUUAAGAAUUUGGCCAUAUGAUGCAAAAGAUCCCUUUGCCCCUCUAGAUGCCCAGCUAUGUUGCCUAACUAUACCACAUGCUGCACUUUGCAGUGAAAUGGGUGCCCAUUUUUCGCCUUGUGGGAGAUUUUUAGCAGCUUGUGUUGCAUGCAUGCUACCUCAUCCGGAAGCUGAUCCUGGCUUACAAGGGCAGGUGCUCCAUGAUAAUGCAGGUGCUGCAACAUCUUUAGCCCAUCAAGUUGUGUAUGAGCUUCGGAUAUAUUCCCUUGAGAAUGCAACAUUUGGUUUGGUGCUUGCAUCCCGGGCUAUAAGAGCUGCUUGCUGUUUAACUUGAAUUCAGUUCUCUCCCGCAUCAGAGCUUCUGCUUGCCUAUGGUCAUCGCCACAGUUCACUUCUAAAUGUUGUCAUUGACAGGGAGACAACAGUACCCAUUUACACUAUUCUUGACGUCUACCGAGUUUCUGAUAUGGAACUUGUAAGAGUUCUUCCUAGUGCAGAAGAUGAGGUCAAGGUCGCAUGCUUUCAUCCCUCAGUUGGAGGUGGGCUUGUUUAUGGAACUAAGGAAGGGAAGCUUAGGAUCCUCCAAUAUGAUACUUCUCAUGCUACAAAUUGUCUUGACGAGCACAUGCUUGAGGUAGAAGCAGUGACAAAUGUUCCAACGUACGUGUUAGAAUGCUAAUUACUAGUGCUCAAGAGCCAUGUGAGUUUACUUAAAUGUUUAUGUUUCCUUAUUGUUAUAAUAUGGUGUGCUAUUGCAAUAUAAUGAUUAUUUCAAUUA